GAGGCUGAUUUUUAUCGUGUCGUAUCUAGCUACGGGGUUGAUUAUCGUCGUUUGGAUGGUCUUGAUCUCAGCAGUGAUGAACUAACAAUGACUACUGCCUCAGGGACGCCUCUACCUUUGCCUCUGCCUUUGGGCCCGAGCUCAAAAGUUGUGGGUGAACAACCGGACGGCGAGUACAAUUGGAUUGCCUUUCGGCAAGCGGCAAACCUAAUGCGCAAAUCGGAUGCUGCUAUUACGAAUUACUUCCAUGCCUUCUAUCAAAUGUGUCAACGUGUCUGUCGCAAAACUUCCGCUAAGGGUACAGAUUGA